AUGGCCAACUUCCCAGUUAUCAACAUGGAUAAGCUUAAUGGGGUUGAGAGAGGGGAGACCAUGGAGAUCAUCAAAGAUGCAUGUGAGAACUGGGGUUUCUUUGAGUUGGUGAACCAUGGCAUUCCGCAUGAGGUAAUGGACAACAUAGAGAAAUUGACCAAGGAUCAUUACAAGAAGGUGAUGGAACAUAGGUUUAAGGAUUUGGUGGCAAGCAAGGGGUUGGAAGGUGUGCAAGCCGAGGUUACGGACAUGGAUUGGGAGAGCACUUUCUUCAUGCGUCACCUUCCCGUUUCCAACAUUUCAGAAAUCCCAGAUCUCGAUGAACAUUACAGGGAGGCAAUGAGAGAUUUCGCCAAAAGACUGGAGAAAUUAGCCGAGGAGCUUCUGGACUUGCUCUGCGAGAAUCUUGGACUGGAGAAAGGGUACUUGAAAAAGGCCUUUUAUGGAUCCACGGCUCCAAAUUUCGGCACCAAAGUUAGCAACUAUCCACCAUGCCCAAAACCAGAGUUGAUCAAAGGUCUCCGAGCCCACACCGACGCCGGCGGCAUAAUCCUCCUUUUCCAAGACGACAAAGUUAGCGGCCUCCAGCUUCUGAAAGACGGGGAAUGGGUGGACGUUCCUCCCAUGCGCCACUCCAUCGUCAUAAACCUGGGCGACCAGCUCGAGGUGAUCACCAAUGGUAAAUAUAAGAGCGUGGAACACAGAGUGAUUGCGCAGAGCAAUGGCGCUAGAAUGUCCAUUGCUUCCUUCUACAACCCAGCAAGUGAUGCUGUCAUCUACCCAGCACCAGCUCUGGUGGAGAAAGAGGCAGACGAUGAGAAAGUUUACCCCAAAUUCAUGUUCGAUGAUUACAUGAAGUUAUAUGCAGGUCUAAAGUUUCAGCCCAAAGAGCCAAGGUUCCAAGCCAUGAAGGCCUUCCAGUUCCAGAAAGCAUAG